CGGCUGAGGCCCUGGGCUGGAGAGCGGCGAGUCGCGGCGACGAGAAGAGCGUUGGGCUCACCAGGAGAGCGGCUGCUCCUGACAUCCCAGGGUCACCACACUGAACCGGAGAGAAAGAAUCCAUCUUCCUGCAACAUGGCAGGUAAGAAGGUGCUCAUCGUCUACGCGCACCACGAGGCCAAGUCUUUCAACGGCUCCUUGAAGAACGUGGCCGUGGAGGAGCUGAGCAGGCAGGGCUUUGCCGUCACCUGUGUGUCGGAUUUGUAAGCCGUGGACUUUGAGCCCAGGGCCACAAGGAGAGAUGUCACUGGGCCUCUCUCCAAUCCUGAGGUCUUCAAUUAUGGGGUGGAAGCCUGUGAAGCCUACAAGAAGAGGGCUCUGACCAGCGACAUCGUUGCCGAGCAGGAAGAGGUUCAGGAAGCUGAUCUAGUGACAUUUCAGUUCCCGCUGUACUGGUUCAGCGUGCCGGCCAUCCUGACGGGCUGCAUGGACAGAGUGCUGUGCCAGGGCUUUGCUUUCGAUGUUCUCUGCUUCUAUGACUCCGGUUUUCUCCAGGGUAAAUUAGCCCUGCUCUUGACGACCAGCGGCCCGGCCAAGAUGUACACGAAAAGGGGUGUCAGAGGAGACUUUCGGUAAUUCCUGUGUCCGCUCCAGCAUGGCGCCCUGCACUUCUGUGGAUUUCAAAUCCUUGCCCCUCAGAUCAGCUUUGCUCCUGAGAUUGCGUCAGAAGAAGAGAGAAAAGGGACGGUGGCUUCGUGGGCCCAGAGGCUGCGGGGCAUCUUGAAGGAGGAGCCCAUCCCCUGCACACCCCCAUGGUACUUUGGGCACUGACACUGGGCCAUAUGUACAUCACGUGAGCAGCACACUGGGUGGCCCAUCUGUACAA